UGCGUGUUGUGUUCUCCCUCUACCUGACAGGUGUUCGCCUCUCUCGGCGGGAUCGGCUCCUUCAGUCAGGCCGCUCUCCACGCUACUUCUCCGGGUUGUUGUUGUGGAAACAUGGCGGCGCCGCUGACCGACCAGGAGAAGCGGAAGCAGAUCAGUGUCCGGGGCAUCGCCGGGCUCGAGGACGUUGCGGAGAUCAAGCGGAGUUUUAACCGACACCUCCACUUCACGCUGGUGAAGGACCGGAACGUCGCGACACCCCGGGACUACUACUUCGCCCUGGCCCACACCGUCCGGGACCACCUGGUGGGCCGCUGGAUCCGGACCCAGCAGUACUACUACGAGAAAGACCCCAAGAGGGUUUAUUAUCUGUCCCUGGAGUUCUACAUGGGCCGAGCUCUGCAGAACACCAUGAUCAACCUGGGUCUGCAGAACACCUGUGACGAGGCCAUCUACCAGCUGGGUCUGGACAUGGAGGAGCUGGAGGAGAUUGAGGAGGACGCUGGUCUCGGAAACGGAGGACUGGGUCGACUGGCAGCCUGUUUCCUGGACUCCAUGGCGACCCUCGGUCUGGCGGCAUAUGGCUACGGGAUCCGCUACGAGUUCGGCAUCUUCAACCAGAAGAUCAGUGAGGGGUGGCAGGUGGAGGAGGCAGAUGAUUGGCUGCGGUACGGGAACCCCUGGGAGAAGGCCAGACCUGAGUACAUGCUGCCGGUUCACUUCUACGGCCGAGUGUGGAGGGCGGAGGGCGGAGUGAAGUGGGUCGACACUCAGGUGGUGUUGGCGAUGCCUUAUGACACUCCAGUACCUGGUUACCAUAACAACACGGUGAACACGAUGAGACUGUGGUCGGCUAAAGCUCCAAACGACUUCAAACUACAGAACUUUAAUGUCGGAGAUUAUAUCGAAGCGGUUCUGGACAGAAACCUGGCAGAGAACAUCUCCAGAGUCCUGUACCCCAACGACAACUUCUUCGAGGGGAAGGAGCUGCGUCUGAAGCAGGAGUACUUCAUGGUCGCCGCCACGCUGCAGGACAUCAUCCGCAGGUUCAAGUCCUCCAAGUUCGGCUGCAGAGACCCGGUCAGGACCUGCUUCGACACGUUCCCCGACAAGGUGGCGAUCCAGCUGAACGACACCCAUCCCGCUCUGGCCAUCCCUGAACUGAUGAGGAUCCUGGUGGACGUGGAGAAGCUGGACUGGGACAAGGCGUGGGACAUCACCUGUCGUACCUGUGCCUACACCAACCACACGGUGCUUCCUGAGGCGUUGGAGCGUUGGCCCGUCUUCAUGUUCGAACAGCUGCUGCCUCGACACCUGCUGAUCAUCUAUGACAUCAAUCAGAGACACCUGGACAGGAUGGCGGCCAUGUUCCCCGGCGACACCGACCGUCUCCGCCGGAUGUCUCUGAUCGAGGAGGGAGACCCGAAGAGGAUCAACAUGGCUCACCUGUGCGUGGUCGGGUCUCACGCCGUCAACGGCGUCGCUCAGAUCCACUCGGACAUUGUCAGGAACAGCGUGUUUAAGGACUUCCAUGAUGUGGAUCCAGAGAAGUUUCAGAAUAAGACUAACGGCGUCACUCCUCGCCGCUGGCUGCUGCUGUGUAACCCCGGCCUGGCCGACAUCAUCGCUGAGAGAAUCGGAGACGAGUUCCUCACUGACCUGCAGCAGCUGAAGAGACUCCUCCCAUUAGUGGACGACCACGCCUUCAUCAGAGACGUAGCCAAAGUCAAACAGGAGAACAAGCUGAAGUUCUCCUCCUUCCUGCAGCAGCUGACCCAGGUGAAGGUCAACCCAGAGUCCAUGUUUGACGUCCAGGUGAAGAGGAUCCACGAGUACAAGAGGCAGCUGCUCACCUGUCUACACGCCAUCACGCUCUACAACCGAAUCAAACUGGAGCCGGAGACGACGUUUGUCCCCAGGACAGUGAUGAUCGGAGGCAAGGCGGCUCCUGGUUAUCACAUGGCUAAGCUGAUCAUCAAACUGAUCACCUCGGUGGGUCAGGUGAUCAAUAAUGACCCGGCGGUGGGAGACAAACUGAAAGUGAUCUACCUGGAGAACUACAGAGUGUCUCUGGCUGAGAGAGUAAUCCCCGCCGCUGACCUGUCGGAGCAGAUCUCCACGGCGGGAACUGAAGCUUCUGGAACAGGAAACAUGAAGUUCAUGCUGAAUGGCGCUCUGACCAUCGGCACCAUGGAUGGAGCCACGGUGGAGAUGGCCGAGGAGGCGGGGGAGGAGAACCUCUUCAUCUUCGGCAUGAGGGUGACGGACGUGGAGGAGAUGGACAGGAAGGGCUACAACGCCAGAGAGUUCUACGAGCGCCUGCCGGAGCUGAAGCUCGCCAUCGACCAGGUCCAGAGCGGAUUCUUCAGUCCCACAGAACCAGAACUCUUCAGAGACCUGAUCCACAUGCUACUGAACCACGACAGGUUUAAGGUGUUUGCAGAUUACGAGGCGUACGUCAGGUGUCAGCAGCGAGUCAGCGACCUGUACCAGAAUCCCAAAGAGUGGACCAAGAUGGUGAUCCGCAACAUCGCAGCGUCCGGGAAGUUCUCCAGCGACCGAACCAUCUCCCAGUACGCGCGCGAGAUCUGGGGGGUGGAACCCUCUGACGUGAAGAUCCCGCCCCCCAACGAGCCGCCGCUCGAGUCCCGAAACUGAUCAGCCGGAAGCGUCCGAACGUUCCUGCUGCGAGUGUCAGAUCCAGCUUCUCAGCUUGACUCAUGUUUGUACUGUAUGUAAAUAUGAACAGGCAGCAGCUACAUGCUACAUGCUAAACUGCAAAAGAUUAACAUGAAGUGUCUUUACAGUUUAAAGAAUACGAGAUGAAACAAUAAAAAUCAGACACAAUCAGCUGGUGCAGCGAAAGCCAAGAGUUCUGAAGAGACACAGUUCAAGUCUUUAUUUGCUGGUUCAUAGUUUUUGGUUUUGAAAUGAACCUGAGUGAAUCCAGCUCCGACUGAGGACGAACAUCUCACAUUAACACACAGUUCAGUUUCUCCAGGUUCAUAAAGUGUUAACGAUGAAAACGACAGGAAAUCUGUUAUUGUCAUCUGCUCAACAACUUUUCUGAGGUCCAGGAUGAGGUGUGAUGUGGACUGUGGUCCAGGAUGAGGUGUGAUGUGGACUGUGGUCCAGGAUGAGGUGUGAUGUGGACUGUGAUCCAGGAUGAGGUGUGAUGGUCUCGGAUCAGAGAGAAUUAACUGAUGUUUGAUGUUUGAGAUUUCUUAUUAAUGAGAAAAAGUCCUUUUCCGUCUGAAGCUCUUGGUGCAGGAGUGAAAACAUUACUGAGAAAAGAUGUUUGAACAUAUUUUAAACUGAUUUUCCUGCUUUACACUGGUGCCAACAUGUAGCUGCCCUUUCAUUGACAGAAACUUUUUGUAAGAGGAUGUUUCUCUGAAAGCUUGGAGCUCAUGAGUUGGGAGACAGAUAUCACUGGGAGACAUCAGAUCCUGAUAAACCGAGACGCAAAUAUCGAGACUUGAAAAAAGCUACGACCUCAGAUCUUCCUCCCUGUUUGCCAUAACUUUUUACUUUAGCUGUUGAUGUUGUUUUCCUGCUCAACAACAACCCCCCCCCCUUUAAAUAGAACAAUUAAUCAUACAUUGAUUGACAUUAUAUACAUAUAUAAAAACGCCACACUGUAAAAAAAAACUGUGAAAUGACAAACCAA